CAAAAUCAUUUGUUUACAUCCAAAAGUCUAAUUGUUUUUUUAUUUCUUCUUGUUUUUGUUUUGAUUAAUUUGGUCGUUUUCAUUAAAUUUUGUUCUUUAAAUUGUUUAAUUAUCAUGGAUAAAAGUAUGGGUGGUGUAUAUUUGCCUCCUGCUAAGCUGAAAAUGCUCCAGGAUGCAAUCAGUGAUAAAUCAAGUAAAGAGUUUCAACGAUUAUCAUGGGAAGCGCUGAAAAAGUCCAUCAAUGGUUUGGUUAAUAAAACCAAUACCAGUAAUUUACCUGUGAUUGUGAGGGAAUUGUUGAAGGAAAAUUUAAUCAGAGGACAAGGUGUUUUGUCCCAAUCAAUAAUUACUGCUCAAUCUUUUGGUCCAAUCUUCUCUAAUGUUUAUGCUGCUUUGGUCGCUGUUAUCAACACCAAGUUACCUCAAAUUGGUAAAUUGAUUGUCACACGAGUUCUAAAUAAUUUUUGUAAAAGUUAUCUUCGAAAUGAGAAAAAAUUAUGUAUAAACUCAGUCCGUUUCAUUGCUCAUCUUAUUAAUCAACAAGUGGUUAGUGAUUUAUUGGCGCUGGAAAUUUUAUUCAUGCUUCUAGAAAAUGCUACAAAUGACAGUGUUGAAGUGGCUGUUGGCUUCCUCAAGGAAUGUGGAGCAAAAUUACAAUCAACUUCUCCCAAAGGAUUAAUUAUUAUUUUCGAUAUGUUAAGGAACAAUCUAAAUGAAGGUAAUCUCGAUACUCGCGUUCAAUAUGCAGUUGAAGUGCUGAUUGCCAUCCGAAAAGAUGGAUUCAAAGAUUAUCCAAUCAUCAUCCCGGAAUUGGACCUGUUGGAAGAAGGAGAUAAAAUUACUCAUCAAUUUGAAUUAGAUGGUCAAUACGAAACGAAAGAUGAACUUAACGUGUUCCACUUUGAUCCUGAAUAUUUAGAGAAUGAAGAGAAAUAUAAAAUUUUGAAAAAAGAAGUUCUCGAUGACAGUGAAUCUGAAGAUGACGAUGGUGAUGGUGAUGAAGAUGAAGAUGAGGACGAAGAGGAAGAUGAUUCAGAUGAAGAAAAAUCAACAAAAAUAACUGAUGAAACUGCCACCGAUCUUGUUGCUCUUCGGAGAAAGUUAUAUCUUACCCUUCAAUCAUCUUUACAACCCGAAGAAGCGGCUCAUAAACUAAUGAAACUUGGAUUGGAAGGUAAAGAUCGGACUGAAAUGUGCUUCACGAUCAUCGAUUGUUGUGCCCAACAGCGUACUUACAUUCGUUUUUAUGGAUUGAUCGCCCAGAAUUUCUGUUCGAUUGCUCACGAAUACGUGAACAUAUUUUCCACCGUGUUCGUGGAUUGUUUUUCUAAAAUUCAUCGUUUUCUGGACUCAAUCAAAUUACGAAAUGUUGCUGGAUUUUUCAGCCACUUGUUGAUAACCGAUUCCAUUCCAUGGACAGUUUUAUCUUGCAUAAAGAUAAACGAAGAUGAUACUACAUCUGCUAGUCGGGUGUUCAUCAAAUAUUUAUUUCAAGAAAUUUCUGAUUUUCUCGGAGUGGAAAAAGUCAAAGGGAGAAUUCGAGAUCCAACUCUACAAGAAGCUUUCGCUGGUAUUUUCCCUCGUGAUAAUCCAAGAGACACUCGAUUCUCGAUAAUGUUCUUCCAAAACAUUGGUCUUCAUCCAUUGGUCGAAGAUUUAGUUGACUUUCUUAAAUCUAAACCAGCUCCGGAUCCAAUUGAAGCCAUCAAAGAGGAACCAGUCGAUGAGAAACCAACUACGGAUAAAAAGAGUAGCAAAAGAAAACAUAAAGAUUCAAGUUCUGAUUCAAGUUCAGACUCUUCUUCAGAUUCAGAAGAUUCGUCCUCAUCAUCUUCUUCCGACUCUGAUUCUGAUUCUGACUCCGAUUCGGACUCUGAUUCUGACUCUACAGAUUCAUCAUCCUCAUCAUCCUCAUCAUCAUCUUCUACAGCUUCAUCAUCUCACAAAAAGAAAAGCAAAAGUCAUUCUGGUUCCAAAGAUCGAUCGAGAUCUAAAGAGAUGCAUCAAGUCUCAAGCUCUAAAAAACAUCGGUCACAUAAAAGAUCAGAAAAAGAAACCAAUGGAUCGACUCGAGAUGAAAGAUUUAAAGCUGAUAAAAACGAAAAACACGAAAAAAGUAGCCAUGAUCAACGAUCAUCACUCAAACGAGAACAUUAUCGAGAGAGAACAAGCAAAAGGUACAAAAAAUCUUCCAGAGAUGAUGAAAAAAGAGAUAACAAUAACCGAAAAUAUCGCGAAAUGAAAGAUGAGAAAUAUCGACAUGAUACCAACAGAUACAGAAAAGAUGACCAAGAAAAAGAUGAUUCCAAGAGCCGUCGUCAAGAUCGUUGAAUAAUCAUCGGUUGUUAACUGCGAAUGGACAAAAUAAGAUUCAAGUGAACAUCAACCUUGAUUAUUAAAUGGUCGCUGUUUUAUUUAAAUAUUAAUGUAAAUUGAAUUUCCACCAAAAUAUAUCUAAUCAACUUUUCCAAUUACAAUUGUAUUUAUAAAACUUAA